AUGGAAGUCGACAACUUAUCAAGACAGGUUGAAGAAAUUGAAGCUUUAAAAUCUAUUUACACAGAAGAAUUGACUAUAGAUAGUGAAAUUACCAGGUCUUAUACUAUUAGAAUUGAAGAAAAUAAGAAAGAAGUGCUUCUUUACGUGACAUUACCAGAAGAUUACCCGUCGAGUUCUCCACCGAAAUUCGAAUUGUCUGCACCGUGGAUGGACCGACAAACCAAAACGAAUCUUCACAAAACCUUGCACGAAAUAUACUUGGAUAACGUCGGUGAAACUGUGAUAUUUCAAUGGGUCGAGAUGAUAAGGGAAGUGUUACAAACCGUAUGCAAAGUAGAAAAAAAAAUUGAAGUCACGGAACCUAAAGUCGACAGUUUGGAUCUCACUACGAUAGAAAUAAACUGCCCUGAAAUUACACAUGGUGAAAUCAUAGCAGACAGGAAGAGCAUAUUCCAAGGACAUGCAGCUGAAGUACACAGUAUAGAUGAUGUAAAAGCUGUACUAAAUAAAUUAAAACAGAACAGAAAGAUCUUAAAUGCUACACAUAAUAUGUAUGCAUAUAGAAUAGAAAGAAAAACUGCCAAAGGUACGAAUGUACUUCAAGACUGUGAUGAUGACGGGGAAGCUCACGCCGGAGGUAGAAUGUUGCAUCUACUGCAAGUUUUGAAUCAGAAGAACACACUUGUUGUUGUGUCGAGAUGGUAUGGAGGAGUACAAUUAGGGCCGGACAGAUUCCGUCACAUAAACAAUGCAAGCCGACAAGUGAUUCAGCAAGCUGGACUAUUAAAGAAAUGA